AUGGAAGAACUACGAGAUGCUACCUACCGAUAUACUAACCACCCGGACCCCAAAGAGAGAGAAGCUCGUAUACAACGAGUCUUUGAUACGGAAGCACAGGGGUUAAUGGAGACGACUGCAGCAAAGAUGGCCGCAAAUGAAAGUGCAGCAGCUAUGGCAACAUGCUUAUCAUCGCCAGCGCAACAGAUUAUCUGUUUCAGACCAGAACCUGGUUUUGAACAAUCAACGGGACAGGAAUUAACCUUCUCUCGAGAAGUCGCUGUGAGAUCAUCCAAUGCCCCAGUCUCCGACAAUACAAUUUGUCCCGUGCUCAACGGUCCCCAGCUACUCGUACUGAAACCAACACGGAGGGACAAAAUGCGACACCUUCACGAUCACGAAGGAAACGGAGAGGUCGCCCUGAGUCCCCUCAUGAAUCUGGCAGAACCACACCACAACUUCCUACGCAAGGACAAGAGCAACAUCUAG